CGACGACGACCACAGACACCUCACCAGCCCUCACCCCCCCAUCCCCACCACCACCGCGCUCAACAAACCGUCACCAUGUCCGCACGCCAGGCCAGAUUCUCGCAAUCGACGCUCAUCGAUACGACCCCCCUCCCCGACUCUAUCCCGGCGGUGCAGGAGGUUGGGGCGAGCUCGGCGCCAUUGCUGAGCGCGAGUUUUUUUAUCGGGGCCAGGUGCGGGAAGUAUAAUGAUGAUUUUAUGCAGUGUAAGACGGAGAAUAAUGGGACGGCCGAGAUGGAUUGCUUGAAGGAGGGACGGAGGGUUACGAGGUGUGCGGCUAGUGUCAUUGAUGAUAUCAACAAAAACUGCCUCAAGGAGUUCCGUCGCCACUGGUCCUGCCUCGACACCAACAACCAGCAGCUGUGGCAGUGCCGCCCCGCUGAGCGCGUGCUGAACAAGUGUGUCUUCGAGACCCUGAAAUUGGAGAAGGUCAUCCCGGAUACGCCGAAGGGAGAGGUGCCGGUGCAUUUGAGGGAACGACAGAUUUACUCGCAGAAUUAGGCGGGUAUGAGAUGGAGUGGGUGAAGGGGGGUGUUAGAUGUGUGUAUAUAAAUUGUGGGGGUAGAA